CACAUAGUACUAGCAACCUUAGUCCAAUGCUAAAACAGGAAAUUGUUUUUCCUGGAGACAGCAACAAACCAUCCAGACAGACAAGUACAGAAUUCCAUGACAUAAAUAAUGGGUGCCUACGCAAGCACAUUUCCUAACAGUGGUGGCAACAUUGUGUUGGAGGUAACAGAUCCUUCCCAGUCUAACUGGAUUACGGCUCAUGCUGAGACUUGCAAAAUGUCUAUCCCAGAAGUACAAAAAUGCUGGAACAGAUUUCUUAUGCUAGGUCCAGAUUCCAGUGGAAACAUUAAGCGGAGCAGCUUGCUGUCGAAGAAACCAUUCACAAAGCAGAUACUUGAACAAAUUCCAGUUGUGAAUAAUGAGGUUAUAACAUUCCAGACUUAUUGUAGUGCUGUAUCAUGGUUGGCAAAGGCACCUCAGGAAAGCAAACUUCGAGGCCUCUGGCACGUGUUAACAUCCAAAGAGCUGAAAAUGGGGGAUAUUAAGAAUCUGCUACACCAUCUUUAUCCUAACAAAGAUCCAAAAGUUAUUGAAGAGAUUUGCCAUCUUCUGCUUUCUGAAAUUGAUAAAUCAAAAAAAGGGGUCAUUGACGAAGCUCAGUUUGUAUCCUGGAUUCGGAAUCUGCCAAAAGAGCAUGUAACAUCAGUUUUGGACUUCAGAAUUAUAUCACCUAAAUUUCAAUCAUCAAGGGAUCUGGACCUUUCUUCUGUAUCACCACAGAUAUACAUAGCCGUAGAUGAAGACGGAAGACUGAGAGAUGACCAGCUUCACCAGGUUUCAACAGCAUUAGUAAAAGCAAAGAGAGACUGGCGACUCUUAGCAAAUAAAUUGGGGUUCCUAGAGAAGGACUGUAUCUUCUUUGAAAGAACUCAUCAUGAAACUAAGGAUCAGAUCUUAGAUAUGUUGCAGAUGUGGAGAAACACUCUCAGCAGACCAGAUCAGUCACAGAUUCUGCAAGAUGUAUUGAAGAAAACUGGCAAUGCAGACAUUGCAAAUGAGAUCUUCAAGCUCAAUUUUUAACAUCUAUCAUAUCUAUGUAAAAAACAUUUAUCUAAAAGCUGAUAUGUUUGUAUAAUUUAUAAUUAAUAAUAUAUUAUAUUCAGCCUCUUGUACAUUUCAUAUUUGGGAAGAUGUUUGGAAAUGCACCAGUGGCACAGAUAAAUAUCAGUAUACUUUUAGUACAGUGUACUAAUUUAGUUCAUAUGGUUCCUGUCACGACAUGCUGGGAUUCAAUCCCUGGACUGUUCCCUCAACUGCUGGUGUAUUUGUAUUCUUGCCUUCUGCUCCCUUUCUCCUUCUACCUCAUUAUCUACAUGUGCAGUCCAUUAAUCAAUUUAGACCCUUUAUAAGCCUGCCCCUGAUUGCUCCUUGCUUGAUCAUUCUGUGAUGUUCUGUGAUUCCCUAUGGAUGAAAGGUUGCUAGUCCCUAAGUUUCCACCUGGUUCCUUCUCCCCCCAUCUUGUUCCUGAGCCCUAGCCCUGACCUUUGAUCAGAUACUGGACUUGACUUGCUUGACUACUGCCUGUCCCAACUUCUGGCCCACUACUGGACUUUGUCUUAGCCUGCCAAUAUCUACUACCACUGGCAUGUAUUUUUAUUCUUGUUUUUUUUGUUUUUUUUACACCUGAGGCUGUCUUGUUUUUGUCUUAAAUAAAGCUUCACUUAUCAUGGCUUCCCAUCUAGGUUCUGCCAUUUACGGGUAUACUUGGGGUUACCCAGUAUAUAGGCUCCCAUCUGCUU